AUGGUAUCUGGAUUUCUACCACAGUCGCACAGCAGUACGAUUCUCGCAGUAUUUUCAAAACUCAUUCUGGCAAGGAUUGCUUUUCCAAAUGUGCGAAAGUCAUCCUGCUGUCCGUCAUGCUUCGAUCGCUAUGGGUGCGUGCAUAUCCAGUUUGAACGAAUUCCAACAAGCUCUCAAGAGGAUAGGGACCCCAGUUUGACUCUUCGGCACUCUACAAAAGCCAUUGCUUGUUUUCGAGAAAGUCUCGCUCUGGGAGAUCUUACUCCGUACAGCUCAAGCCGCACCGACAAGCAAGUAGUGUUAGUCACAUGUUUGACUUUUACUCUCCUUUCUCUAUUCCAGGGUGAUCUCUAUUCUGCUCACCGUCACCUUAUAUUUGGUCAUAAACUUUUCAAAGAAUGGGAUGAUAAACAAGAUAAAGGCGCUACUAGUAUGGCCCUGAGACAGGCUUUUGCCCAGAUGCACGUGUACUUGUCCUUCUGCUCUUCUUCGGAGUUAUUUGUUAUGGAUUCCGCACAACUCAAUAACAAGUAUCGGGUAUCCCUGAACACUACCGUGGCUUCAUCAAAGAUCACCCCGCCUCUCUCUUCGGGUGUUGAUCUGAUGGACCUUGUCAAAAAAUUUUCAACCCUGGUCUCGGGAUCAAUACUGGACUACACUACUUGUGGGUUUCAUAUUGGACCAGCAAGCUCUAUCGACCACGGAGUGGCACUAAUCUUGACUCAGCUACGGCUCUGUAGAAGUCAUCUUCUAGCUGUCCUCGUUGAAUUGGAUUGUAUUGCGCCAGAGGACUGCGAUUUACUCCAAGUCUUCUCGUUAUUGAUCGAUGUCAUUGGAAUUAAGCUGGCUGUCGCUAAAAGCCAACGAUUAGAUGAAAUGAUUUACGAUGAUUACUUGGAACAGUUUCAGAUUAUCACGAAGCUUGCACGAACCCUGGCAGACUCGGCCACGAGUUCAAGUGACAUCCCGAUUUCGCCGUUUAGCUACAGGUAUUCUAUUUUGCCUGCGCUCUUAUGGUCUGCGGCCAAAUGUCGCCAUUGGAAGGUCCGUCGUGAUAUCUUCCAUACAAUUUACAAACGACCAGAAGAUGACUACUGGACAUCUGCGACAACUAUGGCCUUAAAAAAGCUGGUUGAUAUAGAGUCAACUGGAGUAAAGCUAAGGGAUAUUAUUCCUGAAUCUGCUCGAGCCUACUGGGUCAACGUGAAGAUUCAAUCUGAGGAUAUCAGGGUUGAGCUGCGGUAUCGAAGGCCUCCAUACGAGUCAAACUUAAGCAUGGAAGUCAUGAGUGGUAAAAUAAUUCAAUGA